UUGGAGAUAGCUCCCUCCUGCAUUUUCCGAGAAGAUCCUGAAUCCAGCCUCAGCUUUUCGGCCUCCACCAUGUCAGAUCCAGAGGAUGAGGAUGGUGAGACUUGUUGGAACAACCUGGAAAGUUUCCGUGUGAAGCUGAUUUCGGUGGUCGACCCUUCCAGAAUAACGCCGUACCUCCGGCAGUGCCGAGUCAUCAACCACGAUGACGAGGAGCAGGUCCUGAAUGAUCCCAGCCUGGUACUCCGGAAAAGGAAAACAGGGCUGCUCCUAGAUCUCCUCCAGAGGACGGGCAAAAAGGGCUUUGUGGCUUUCCUGGAGAGCCUGGAGUUGUACUACCCGCAUCUCUACAAGAAAAUAACCGGCAACGACCCCACCCGAGUCUUCUCCAUGAUAAUAGACACGGCGGGAGAGUCCGGCCUGAUGGAAGUGCUGAUGAGCGAGGUCUCCAAGCUGCAGGCGGCCGUCCGAGAAGAGAGGCAGAAGGUCCAGGAGCUGAACAUGACCCUCAGCACCAAGGAGGACACCAUCAAGGAGAUGAGGGUGAGGGACAGCGUCCUGCGCAAGUACCAGGAGCGGGCACACAAGGUGAAGGAGGAGAGGGAUUGCCUCAGCAAGGAACUGAUGCUGUGCCGAGAGGAGAACUACAAGCUGGCCAUGAACUACGCCAAGCAGAGUGAGGAGAAGAAUGUGGCCCUGAUGAAGAACCGGGACCUACAGCUGGAGAUCGAUUGCCUUCGGCACAGCCUGACCAAGGCUGAAGAUCACUGCAGCCUGGAACGGAAGCACACACUAAACCUGAAGCAAGCCAUGGAGCAGCGGCCCAGCCACGAGGCGGUGUGGGAAAUCCAGCGGGAGAAGGACCUGUUGUUGGCCAAGAACAAGGAGCUGGAGAGCACGCUGCAGGUCACCAAGAAUGGCAGCUCCGAGAAGGACGGGGUCCCCCUUCAAGCUCUCGAGGCCGAGUGGAGGCGGGUGCUGAAGGAGCAGCAGGAGCUGGUGAACACCGCCUGCGAUUUACGCCAAGCGCUCCAGAGAGCCGAAGACGGGCGGGAUAAACUUGUGGGAGAGAAGGAGCUGCUGGAACUGAGAUGCACUUCCUUGCAAAAUGAUAAUCAAAUUUACCAAAAUCGUAUCAAGGCUAUUUUAAAGCAGCUGGAAGAGGUGGCUGCUGAAAGAGAUCAGGCUCUUCUGACCCAGGAGGAAUGCCACAAGCAAUAUUCCCAAGGCCUGAGAGAGAAAGACAGCUACCGGAAGCAGAUCCGGGAAUUCGGGGAGCGUUGUGACGAACUGCAGCUUCAGCUCUUCCAGAAAGAGGGACGGCUGCUGAGUGCCAAAACCCGGCUGAAAUGGCUGUGCCGCGAUCCCUCCACCAUGACUUCAGAUCUUGAAGAAAACUCAUCCCGCAGCUCUCAAGAGCUGACUCCCCAUGGAAAUCCAGACGAAGAUAGGAAAGGCACCAAACCAAGAAGGAGCCCAGUGGAUGGGGACCUGCCAGAGAAAGGACAUCGGCGAAUGAAGGACAGUUUUGAGCAUUAUCGGAGAAAGAGAGCUCUACGACGGGUGCAAGAGAGCCGCUAUCAUGAAGCUUAUUGGGAACAUUCCUCAGGAAGCGACAACACAGACACUGAAGACGCCUGACCUCAUCUGCUACCUGGAGGGAGAAGUGGAGAACCGGCUGAUCUCCAAGCCGUCCUCUUCUCAUUCGCAAGCAAUGUGGACAGCGGGAGGGCUAAAUAAGUGAAUUAUUUUGCUGAGACCACCUGGAUGUACACCUCUAUCCAGCUGACCAAAUGAUGCUGUCCAGAUUCCUUGCCACCAUCUGAAGGACUUGAGGAUCUGGAGCAGGUUUCGAUUCCAGCCAAAGACAACCCAGUGGCUGUGGGGUUUAGCUGCUGCUAUCCUUUCUCCGAUCUGGAUUUCAGAUUCUAGAUGUUCUGCUUAUAUAUUAGUUGUU